AGACGGCCAGUGUUGUUGUUGUUUCCGUCGCCGUCGUUCGUCCGUAUCUCGUGAUUGCGGUCCAUGCCCGUCGACUGUCGUGACGUUUGACGGCCGUCGUCGUCAAAAUAAUAUCAUCAUCAUCUCCGCCACCGGAUCCGGAACAAAUGCGGUUCAUUAUGUAGAUCACACGAGUACGAAUCACGUCGUUUCUGCCGGUUCGAAUCGUGCUGCCGAGCUCGUCCGCCCUCGCCCCAUUGACGUCGUAUUAUUAUUAUUAUUAUUAUUAUUCGUGACUAUUAUAGGGGUUGUGCGAUGUCGAAUUUCUACAACAAAGUGAGCUUAGUUUACACCAAACCCAUGAACAAGCGCAUGACCUUGCAAGAGAUAUCCCAAGCCAACCAGUGGAUUAAUGGUGAGAAUGAUACGCUGAGUGUCAACUCUUAUGGAAUGCCUCAGUCUGGUUCCACUGUGUCCCAGAGAGAGAGUUCCAGCUACUUGCCUGUCACUCAGCCGGCCAGUGUGCCAGCAUCGCCAGUCGGUUCUCCAGUCUCUCAGCUGUUAUCAGAUCUCUCCAACAUCACUCUAGAUCCCAACUGGCAGGCCAUCAAGUCCACAGUACGCGAACGUAAUGCUGCCAUGUUCAAUAACGAUCUCAUGGCUGAUAUAUACUUUGUUGUGGGCAAUCCAGGACACACCCAACGUAUACCAUCUCACAAGUACAUUUUAGCCACUGGAAGUUCUGUUUUCUAUGCCAUGUUCUAUGGUGGCUUAGCAGAUACUAAGGAAGAAAUUGAGGUGCCUGACGUUGAGCCAACAGCUUUUCUCACUUUACUUAGGUAUUUAUACUGUGAUGAAAUCCAAUUGGAACCUGACACAGUUUUAGCUACAUUGUAUGUGGCUAAAAAAUAUAUUGUACCACAUUUAGCCAGGGCUUGUGUUAAUUAUUUGGAAACAAGCCUAACUGCAAAAAAUGCAUGUCUGCUCCUCAGCCAAUCACGRUUAUUCGAAGAGCCAGAAUUGAUGCAGAGAUGUUGGGAAGUGAUUGAUGCACAAGCAGAGAUUGCAUUACAUUCAGAUGGCUUUGUUGACAUUGAUGCUGAUACAUUGCAGAGUGUAUUAGGACGUGAAACCAUUAAUUGCAAAGAAACCAUACUAUGGGAAGCAGCCAUGAAUUGGGCAUCAGCUGAAUGUAGCAGACGUGAAAUAGAACCAACCCCAUCUAAUAAACGACAAGUUUUAGAUUCUGCUCUGUAUUUACUCAGAUUGCCAGCAAUGUCCUUGGAAGAAUUUGCUAACGGACCUGCUCAAAUGGGCAUGUUAACAUUAGAAGAAACUGUUGAUUUGUUUCUCCAUUACACUGCAUCCAACAAACCUCGUUUGACUUAUCCAACUAAACCACGUAUUGGAUUAAAACCUCAGACGUGCCAUCGAUUUCAGUCCUGUGCUUAUCGUAGCAAUCAGUGGCGGUAUCGAGGUCGUUGUGAUAGCAUUCAAUUUAGUGUUGAUCGACGUGUGUUCAUUGUUGGUUUCGGUUUAUAUGGUUCGUCAACUGGAGCAUCCGAUUAUACAGUUAAAAUUGAACUCAAACGUCUAGGCCGUAUUUUAGCUGAAAACAACACAAAAUUCUUUUCAGAUGGUUCAAGUAACACGUUUCAUGUUUAUUUUGCACAUCCUGUACAAGUAGAUCCCGAAUUGUUUUAUACUGCUUCAGCUAUAUUAGAUGGUGCAGAAUUAAGUUACUUUGGCCAAGAAGGACUUAGUGAAAUAAAUGCUGGUUGUGUGACGUUUCAAUUCCAAUGUUCUUCAGAAAGUACUAAUGGUACUGGAGUUCAAGGGGGGCAGAUUCCAGAACUUAUUUUUUAUGGACCAGUUAGUGAGAACCAUUAAUACAUUUUUAAAUCAUUUCAAAACCGAAUUAAACACUCAAGUAUAUAAAACUACUAAACUCAAUUGAAAAUAUUUUGUGGGAAAAAUGUUACUCCUGUAUGAUAUUUUGGAUCUCUAUUAUACCAGUUAUGCCCWUUCACUAAACCACAUUUCAUAUUAUGAUAACUCAAUUACAUCAUUAGAGUAUGAUAACAGUUUCUCGCCAAGUUAAUUAU